AUGGCUGAGAAAGGAAUUAUCCAAGAUGGAAAUAUUAUUUCUACAUCAAGUUUAUUCAAAAUUAACAUCAAAAUUGGGAGACUGGUUUCCUUGUAUGUUCCUGCGUACUCUGAACAUGAACGAUGUCGGUUUCUCACUAGAUUGUUUUGUUGGAUGUAUUUCGUGAUGAUAAAUGUUAUUAUCUGGAUUGUUCCUCUCCGCUUGGUUUUUAUAAUGAAAAGUGAACAAGAAUCGUCACGGAUACUACCAUUACUGGCUGUUUUUACAUUCCACGUUGGCGCAGGAUAUACUUCAACCGCUACCUACCUAACCAGCGGCAAAAGUUUAAAAUUGCUUUGUAAGAGGCUUGAUGGACAUCAAUUAAAAUAUGGUCCCUUUAAAAGGAAUAGAUGUAUUCGGAAAUUCCUCUUUGCUUUCACCAUCAUCGGCUUUGGUAUCUCGUUGGCUGAUGCUGGUAUAUACAGCUUGUUGAUACCAGAGAUAGUUGACCAAGACAAACAGUCAAUGUAUUCACCCCUAAACCUUACAGAUGAUACAGAUGGUGAAUACGCACUAACUCUGGCUUUUCUAUUCUUCAACGAACUCCUCGUACUUUUACAUAUGUAUUCAAUGAUGGGGAUGAUAAUUGCUUUUACUUUUCUCUUUGUCAAAGAAUUUUCCUGUUUGAAUUCAAAUUUAGAAAGAUUAGUAGAAGACACAGUUAACAUGGAGGGAGAGAAGCUGGAGAAUGAGAUUGAAAAUCUACGUUUAGAACAUGCUAGUUUGAUUGACUGUAUGGAGGCAGCCAACUCUGUCGUUAAACACUAUCUCCUUGGUUUAUUUGCCACAUUUAUACCCGUGUCCUGCUUUAUGCUGUAUGGAAUGAUCAGAAACGCUUUGACCAAUAAUGAAAGAUUGUUUAUCAGCUUUAUAACGGCAUCCAAUUUGGUUACUGCUUGCCUCUUCUCCUACAUCGGUGCCAAAUUAAAUUUGAAGGCUCACAAACCGUUGAACGUCUUAUUAAAGAUAAAUCUUACCAAAAUAACACAGAAAACCGAACGCUCAAUCUCUAUGUUUGUUAACAGAGUCAAUGGACCGAGUAUUGGAUAUAACAUUUGUGAUCUGUUUAUCCUGGAUAGCACAGCUAUUUUAGCAAUGCUGGGUACUUUGGUAACUUAUGCCGUGGUCAUGCUGCAGUUUACAGACCAAUCAAAUAACCACAACCUUGUUCAUCUAAAUUCCACAUACAACUACACCUUUUAG